AUAUGACAUAUGUCAGCCAAAAUUUUCUGAAAUUUUAGUGAUUUUGUCUAAAAUCAUUAUGAGUAAAUUUUCAUCCUGGACCAACAACCCAAGAAAUCAAUGUUACAAUUACCAGCAAUCAGAAUUUACAAAAAACGGUUGUAACACUGACACACAAUCAGCUAUCGCAAAAGUGAAAAAUGCAGUUGGUGAGAAAACAGAUGACCAAAACUGGACAGCAAUUGAUUGUGACUGUGCGCCCGAUUUUUUUAACCGUUUUUUGGGCCCGACAGCCGAUGAAGUUUUUCUUACGGGAUUACAAGCAAUUAUGGAACUUUGUAACCGGUUUGUGACCUGUGAUAAACCAGACGUUGAUAAGGAGUCAAAUAAACUAAGUGAUACGAGCAGUAUUGACACUUCAGAAUGUGACACAAUGACCUGUCCACAAUUUAGAGUUUCAAGUUGCAUACAAACACACGACGAAGAACCAUGUAGGGACUACAAAACAAAUUUUUAUAAAAAACCUAAAAUGUGCGUUUGUUGCAAGUGUGACAAAUCUCUUCAAGAAGACUUCAUCGAAAUACAAAAAACUGCAAAUACGCCAAAAAUGUGUAUUUGUUGUAAAUGUUUUAAAUCAGAAUUAACUAAAACUAGAGACACUGUUCCUCAAACAAGUUGCUCAAAUACUGAUGUAAAAAAUAAGUCUUGCAAAUGUGAUAAACCCAAAGACUUUGUUUCUCAGAAAACAACUUAUUCAAACACUGAUGUCAAAAACAAGCCUUGCAAAUGUUGCAAGUGUGCAAAACAAACAAAAGUCAAGGUGUGCAGGUGCUACGACUGUCAUGCUCCUGUUGUCUGCAAGAAAGAGGGAUAUUUUAAUCGUCUUAAGUCGAUAGUAAAAUGCAAGUGUGAAGCUUGCUUGACGAGACGGCAGAGUAAAAGUAAUAUCGUGUUUGAUAAAGGAGACACUUGUUCUAAUAUUGAUACUCGUUACUAUCGUGACAAAUCCAGUUAUUACUAUUGUUGAGCUUAAUUUAAUAAAUUUCGGCUUUUUAAA